AUGGCAGCUGAAGUACUCAAAGACUCGAGAGUUGAAGCGGUGAUCAAUGUUGAUGGCAAGACUGAAAAUUUAAAAUAUGGUCUAUUUCUAGCAUUCGGCAGCCACAAGUGCUCGUCCAAAGAAAAGAAAGGGACUUUACAAACAAGUGAGAAUCGUCUUGUAGAGUUCGAUUUAUAUAGACAUCACGCUGAAGGUUCUUGCAAUGGACUGUUUUACGUAGCAGGAUAUUGCAGUGACGGGUCUAUUGAUAUUAUUGUGUCAAAUCCUCUUAAAAGAGAGGUUCAAAGGCUUCCACCGGCACCGGUGAAAUCUCAGCACCCCGGUGUGCCAUUUUCGAAUGGAUAUGGAAUGGGUUUUGAUGUUUCAACCAAUACCUUCAAGUUGGUUUGUGUUUUCUUUCUGGAAAGCAACUUUGAACCAUCAACUUAUAGAUUUGGCACACUAGUGCACACAUUGGGAACAAGCUCAUGGAGAGAAAUAUCUCAAGUUACCCCUUAUCCUCUAUCUGAUAAGCCUGUAUUUGUGCAUGGAGCUUUGCACUGGAUUAUUCACCCUUACUUACUCUACGACACUCCAGAGGCCAUCAUCGUUUCUUUUGAACUUGGGAAAGAGGAAUUUAGCCUGAUUUCCCACCCCAAUUAUUAUUCAAAUUUUUUAAAUAUUUUUCAGUUGGUUGAUUUGAAUUGCAAUUUGGGUGUGGCUGAUCUCUCGUGUAACUCAAAAAUUGAGAUAUGGGUGAUGAAGGAUUACGAGAGAAAGCAGUGGGUCAAAGAAUCUAGUAUCGAGAUAUGUGGUCCGGCGAGGAUACUUGACAAUAGACACAUUGAAGUUAUAGGUCUCUGGAAGCAUGGUGACAUAUUGAUGAGAUUUUCCUGUCAAGGGUUUUUCAUCUACAAUCAGAAUACUGGCCUAAGGCCAACCAACAGCUCGAUUGCUCUUCUAUUUCAAUCAGGUAUUUCUAGUCACAGGGGGAGCUUGAUCUCGGUGUCCAAGUUUAUGACAGUUUAA